AGGUGUAAUGCUUAAACCUUUUAAGUAAUGAAAAUGCCCUUUAUCGAAAAAACUUGAUCUUAACAUUAUGCUGUUGCAGAGACUUGGGAGUAUUUGCUAUCUUGGUAUUAAUAUAUUCUCUCUUUAUUAAAAUAAUCUCUCUCCAAACAUAACGAUAUCGUGCUCAGAAUUCAGAAGACACAUUUUCAACACAUGAAAUCCGCCGUACCGGAAAAAUAGAUAGAAUAACAGGGUACAGCUCGGUUCCUUGCCCGCACGUAUGCAACGCCUUACUGAUCUCGAUGAUUGGCGAGUGCGUGAAGGCACAUCGCCGCGCGAAGAUGUAAACGAUGUUCCUCCCCAAUGAUCACCUACUAAUUAGCCACCACUCUGAUUGAUCCAAUUCUACGUGCUGCUCACUAUAAAUUCAGUCGCCCCAUGCCGUCUUCUGGCAGAGCUCAGCUAAGAAGUAAGUGUUACAGAAGAAAGAGAAGCAAAAGCAAUGGCCAUGGCUUCUGCUGCGUGCACGUCCACGGCCAUCUUGGUCCUCCUUGUUUCUCUGGCAGCCAUGGCCACCACCGCCGACGCCAGGUUCAGGGCCAUGCAGUGGACUCCCGCCCACGCCACCUUCUACGGCGACGAGACAGCGGCGGAGACGAUGGGCGGGGCGUGCGGGUACGGCGACCUGCACGCGACGGGGUACGGCACGGACACAGCGGCGCUGAGCACGACGUUGUUCCUGGACGGCUACGGGUGCGGCACAUGCUACCAGAUACGGUGCGUGGGCGCGCCGGACUGCUACAGGGGCUCGCCGGUGAUCACAGUGACAGCAACCAACCUGUGCCCACCCAACUGGGCGCAGGACUCCAACAACGGUGGGUGGUGCAACCCGCCGCGCACACACUUUGACCUCGCCAAGCCCGCCUUCAUGAAGAUGGCCUUCUGGCGCGCCGGCAUCGUCCCCGUCAUGUACCGCAGGGUGCCAUGCAUGCGCCAGGGCGGGAUCCGGUUCGCUUUCCAGGGGAACCCGCACUGGAUGCUGGUGUACGUGAUGAACGUGGCCGGCGCCGGUGACGUCGGUGAGAUGUGGGUGAAGGGGAGCGCCGGCGGAGGGUGGGUGCUCAUGAGCCACAACUGGGGCGUAUCCUACCAGACGGGAGGGCAGCUCGCCGGCCAGGCGCUCAGCUUCAAGCUCACCUCCUACACCACUGGGCAGACUAUCCUCGUCGCCGACGCUGCACCGUCGACCUGGAGCAUCGGGCUCACGUACCAGGCCCGCACCAACUUCAGAUAGAGGAGUCAGGAGAAGCUCUGAAGCACAUCACAAGUAGCAGGAGCUGAGACACUGCCGACGCUCUACUCUGCUGUGCUGCCAUUGCUGUUUCGUCCCAUAUUUUCAGUUCCGUCCAGUUAGGAGAUUCUCACCCGUUGCCCCCAUUCACAUGGAACUGCGGGUUUGACACACGCACCAACUGCUUAGCCUCUAUUGCACGAUCAAAGCAAAAGAUUUGCUGGUUGUAUUGUGCCAUAAAAUUCUAGCUCACUAUUAAGAUUUUUCUCAUGUACUUCUGUGUUCGGUGCAACAUCAGAUAGCUGGAAUAAAUCAAUAUGGCAAAAAUU